AUGGAUAUCUGCUACACCAUCCACAAUGCUAUUUACAACCCCCCGCCCCUCGUCAACGACAUGUGGGAUGCAGUGUCGAAUAUCGGGGCGCAGGCAGCUAGUCUGAGCGUUAGACUGAGUAUAGAGAGCUAUGCGUCGGAUAUGCCAACCUGGGAUACUCUGGGCACCACUACCGCCAUGACAACCACGCACGCACUCACAACCACAACUCCAAGCGCAACAAUGGCCACAACCAUAACAGCAACUACAACCAUAAUCACAACCGCCGCUACAGCCACAGCCACAGCAAUCCUGCACACGUACCGCGUGCUCAGCGACGCAGGGUCAGAGAAUCAGAAUGUGCGGUUUAGUCUGGACUCGAGCAAUACCACCAGCAGUACUACUACGCCUACUCCGAUUACCUUGAUGCUCAUGCCUGCUACUGGUAUUACCACUGCUCCACGCGCCACAGGCACGUUUGCCAAACUGCUCAUCGCAGCGGGGCUUUUGUGUUUUUACCGCAGAGAACUGGGAAUCGUGGUCAGGGGCGUGGUGGCGGGGAUGCGUGUGGUGAGGGAGAAGAAUAGGACGAGUGCGGGUGAUGAAGAACAGGAGCAGGAGCAGGAGCAGGAGGAGGCGGAGUGGCAGGACUGCGAGGACUGGGAUGCCGGCGUACAAGAGCAACAACAGAUGGAAGUGGAGCAGGAAGAGGAGGAGAAAUUCACGGACUAUGAGCCAGACGAAGAAGAAGAAGAAGAAGAAGAAGAAGAAGAAGAACAAGUCCCAGAUGACGACGAAUACGCCCAUCACACCACCACCACCAUCAACGAAGAAACCUUCCGAGAACAAGAGCAGCAAAUCAACGGCAUCAUGCUGCUCCUGCAAAAGAAACUCAGCAACAGGACUAAGAAAUGCACAACGUCGUCGUCGUAA